AUGUGCAUUGCACUUUAUUAUAUUAAUCCCAAAGGAAAAUUCAGAUUUAUAUUGCUUUUCAAUAGAGAAGAAUACUCUAAAAGACCCACUGAUCAAUUGAAAAUCAUCCUCAAUGAUGGAAAUAACAUCAUAGUUGCAGGACAAGACAAACUACAAUCAGGAACAUGGCUUGGAUUCAAUAUUACCAAUGGAAUGAUUGUAUUUCUAACUAACAAAAACCACCUAUUUUCUGUUUCCUUUUCUUAGAAAAUAUCGCAAAUUAGAAACCAAAUCAGGAUGUCCUAUCCAAACCUCAUGAAAUUCUUAUAUCCUACACUUAAAUCAAGGGGACAAUUAAUAGUCGAUUUAUUGUAGAAAUUUAGCAUAGAACUGCCUCAGCAAUUCGAUUUCCAACUUUAAGGUUAACAUCUCAAAUGCACCUAUCAGAUAGAUAAUAAAAGUCAUGAUGAUAGCGAUUUAACUAAGAGUAAAUUAAUGCAAGCAUAAUUAAAGAAGGAAUAAUAUAUGGGAUUUAAUUUAUUUGUGGGGAAUAUAAUUAACCAGGAGUACUAUGUAUUAUCAUCUACAUCAGAUUCAUUUAAAAAAGUAAAUAAAAGUGGAACCGCUUGCAGUUUUAGUAACAUCGGAGAGAAUUAAAUAGAAAAGGAAAAAAUUGCUUAAAAUAAAUUUGAGUAGAUAAUAGAAAGUGAACAAGACAUAGAUCUCCUAUUUGAAAAGCUAUUUUAAUUGGCUUAAGAAAGAUUCGUUAGCAAUGAACUCUUUUUCAAGGCUUUUCCUGAAGAGUCAUAAUUCUUUAUCCCAGAGUAUACGACGAAAAUAGGAUAAAAGAGAGGCACGAGAACUACAUCUAUCAUUAUUUUCGAUGGGAUUAAAGUUGAAAUGAAAGAAAAAACAUAUUUGUGA